AAUGAGGAAAGCAUGAUCCUUGUAUGUGAUUAUGGAAUCCAUGGACUUACAUAUAAGCAUUACAAUAAGAAUAGCAAAAUGACAGGUGGUUAUUGUCAUCAUCUCUUUCCUACUUGUCAUCAUCCAUACGAUGGCUUGAAAUGCUCAAAGAUGUUUAUUUUGUUGUUUCUCGUUGAACAUUGGCAAAAAUGA